GCACACCCUUACCUGUAAAACGUGACUCACUGACUCCCGUCACCUGUUUUUCUCUCUCAUAGGCCACCUACCCCACAACCACCUCCUCUGCCAUCUACGGCAUCGUACCGGCACUCGCCCAUUUGCCGCCACUUCCGCCAUGAAGUUACCAGACAACAAAACAUGACAUUUUCACGGUGUCACCGCCGCCACACAACACUAAUUUCCCCAUUCAACUGGAAUUUCAGUGGUCAAACCGUUGGGAAAUCUACAAUUUGCGGAAGAUUCAUCGCCCUCCUGUUCAUUUUGAGAUUUUUGCAAUGGUUGAGAAAUGUAUAAGGAAUUCAAGAUACAUGUACAUACAUGAGGCUGGAAAUUGGCCUUCACAAACAGUUGAUGUUCACCAUUUAGUUAUUCGAAGAAAUCGCCGUCGGACUAUAGUUGCUUGCUUCUUAGCCAUUGUUUUACUGUUAUAUGCCUUCUAUCUAUUACUAGGACAGCUGGAUAUACUAGUUUCUGUUCUUCCUUGGUACAUGAUUAUCGGUGUCACCUUUGUCAGAUUAUUGCGUGGGAAACUUGUUGAGAAAGAGUCUAUCGUGAUCAUUCCAGCAUUUGGAGUCCAACUUGAAACCCAUUACAUAAGUGGGAGAGCUGUCCGUCGCUUUGUCCCCAUUGACAAGAUUUUGAAGCCUAUUCUUAAUGAAUGUGUGACACCGGUUACAUGUUAUUGGAGUUUAGCAUUCCUUUUACAUGAUGAAGAUGAAUUGAUGCUAGUCUUUAAGACAUUGCAACCCCCACUUAAGAUGUUGCUGCCAAUUUGGAAGGCGCUUUGUGCUGCUACCGAUUCCAGUGAAAGCUUAGAGUCACAAUCAGAUUUCCAGGGCUGAAUUUGUAGCAAGGUUUGAAAUGCAAGUCCAUAUAGGUCUUUGUGUGCCACUGAAUUCUACAAUCUAAGUCUACGUGGGACACAGGGUUGGUCGGGCUGAUUGUGAAGCUCCUGGAAGCCACGGAAAUAUAUCCCAUGGUCUCCUCCAUUUCCCUCUGCAAAUCUUGUGUCUCUUGUUUUGGAAAGAAAGUCAUACCCAAGCUUUAGCAUAUGGAGAUUCAAGCGAAAUUGUUCGAAAUUGUUGAGUUUUGUAUUGAAGCUGCAGCUUAACGUGCUUAGCAGUUAGAGGUUUCUUAUGGGGAUGAGACAGCUUGAUGUGUUAUUUGAAUAGUUACUCUACUCUUGCAUAUAAAGAAUUAUACCCAUAUUUUAGAGUGUUGAAGGUUUUACUUCGUA